AUGAUAUUGGUUGGUAGCCGCCAUUUUGUUUCAUGGCGACGCAACUCAACUGAUCUACGUGGGAACUGUUGGAGGUUCUUGAACGAAAAAUUUUUAAGCGCGCGGUCUACUUUGAAUUUUAAUAAGUUUGUUAUUAUCAAACGGCUUGUUGUUGCCACUGUGACUUUCUUUGUGAAGAUGCUACAAGAAUCUGAAUUAAAUAUUCUUGUAUCUAACGUGUUGGCCGAAAAUCGGUUCAGCCAUUGUCGAUUAUGUUUGACGGAAAUUCAAGAACACUAUGUACGUUUCCACGAUUCUGUAUCGGUGGACGCCACAAGUUUUGUAACGCUUUCCGAAGUUCUUACUAAAGUUUUGGGCGCAGAAAUCUGCGAUGAGAUUGCUGGCAUUGAUGCAGUCUGUAUGUCAUGUGUUGAUAAAGCACUUGAAUCCAUGAAAUUCCUGCUACUAUGUGAAAAAUCUAAUAAUUUACUGGACAAUGUCUUCAAUAACCUUACAAACACACUUAGUGUUCAUAUUGAUGCCACCAAACCUGACCAUACUCUCUACAUAGAAGUUGGUGAACACGAAUCCCAACUAAUUUUAGUUAACAAUGAAGCUAAGAAGAAGAAAGCUGUACCUAAAGAUAUACUUAGCUGUUCUACAUGCAAUGAGCAGUAUAAAGAUAUUUUGGAGUUGACUCUCCAUAACAAAACAACUCAUGGCACAUACACUUGUGAGAAGUGCCAUGAAACAGUAGAUAGUGAAAGCGAACUUAUUGCCCAUGAAGAUAGUCAACAGACCCACAUGUGUGCAGAAUGCAACACCUUCCGAUGCACCGAGGAAAGCUUAAAACAACACCAGGAUAAAUACCACGGUCUGUUUGUGUGCAAAGACUGUGGCAAGUCUUUCAAAAAUUUAGAUAAACUACAAAUCCAUGAACAAAAACAUAAAUCCAAAAGUGAAUGUCCUAAGUGUGGUAAAAGCUAUAACACAAAAGGAUUCUUUUUGAAACAUGUGAAGUUGUGUCUGGAAGACCUUUUAGACCCACACCCAAUAAGGAGCAAUAUUAAAAAGACCCACUUUUGUGACAAAUGCGGUAAGGGCUACAGUACCCCUGGGGGGUUACGGGUACAUAAUAGAUUUGUGCAUGGUAAUGCAAAGCCACAUGUCUGUAAAUAUUGUAACAAACAGUUCACGGCACCAAGCUAUCUGAAAGUUCACAUGGUGAAGCAUACUGGAGAAAAGAAUUUCAAGUGUGAUCUGUGUAGCAGACAGUUUGUCUCCAAGGAGGCAUUAUUGUACCACACUAGAAGACACAUAGGAGACAAGCCAUACAGCUGCACAUUGUGUGAUGAAAAGUUUGUCAACGCUUCAGCUAGGGCUGAACAUAUCAAAUUUAAGCAUGUUGGUCCAACCCUCAUGUGUGAGAUCUGUUCUCGUAAAUUCUUUACCCCCAACUUCUUGAGGCAGCAUAUAAAGAAGCAUCAUGAUCCUUCCAAUAAGCUGUAUGCUGGAAGGAGUCUGAUACCACCCAAUGUUCCAGCUGUAGAGAAUAUGAGAGUUAGAUUCAUUGAUUAAAAAUGCAUCAGUUACAAAAUCUGUAUGUUUGGUCUUCUCAGAAAUUAUACCAUUGUUUUACUCUAUUAGUAUUAACAAAUAAAGAUUAUAGGAAUAUGAGGUACUUUGAUAAUAUCACCGUGAUUCUCUCACUAGAAGGGUUUGUACCCAAAGGCUGAGUUGUAAAUAAAAUGAGUACCUAUUAUUUAUGUAUCUUUGCUAUAUUUUAUGCUAUGCUAUAUUUUUGUAUUGUUUGAAGUUGAAAAAUCAAUUGUUUAUAGUUUUAUUGUCUGUGUACAAAUAA